AGCAGCAGCGGGCGGCAGGGUCACUUUAAGGCGGGCCGGGGGCGGGCGCCCCGCAGCUGCGGGCCCGGAGCCAUUUGCGCGGCGGACGCGGCGCGCGGGCUGGCGAGCUCCUCCCGCGGGGAGCCUGUCCCACGUCCCACACGUGGGCAUCGGGCCAUGGCGGCCUCAAUUAUCGGCGCGGAGCUCGGCCAAAUCCCUGGGCAGUCAAAAAUAGACCUCUUACUAGUUGGCGAUUUCACUGUUCAGCACCUGGCUGACAUCGUACGGAAAUGCUUUUCAAAUACAACAAAAGUCACCAUCACCACGAGUGAUACGAAGCAGGCAGCAGCACUUCUGGGUGACUGCACGUUCAACAUGGCUUUCCUGAAGGCGGCUUCGCUCACAAACACCGAGGAGCUGGAUGCUGUCAAAUUGAUUAGAUUUGGCAAGAAAAAAAAUACACAUUUGCUAUUUGUUUUUAUAAUUCCUGAGAAUUUUAAAGGUUGUAUUUCAGGGCACGAAGCUGAUAUUACAUUAACUGAACCACUAACAAUGGAAAAAAUGACUGUUGUGGUAAAAUACUGGAAAACAUACUUCUGCAGCACUGUUAAGAAUGAAAUUUUUAUGAAGCCUGAAAAACCUGAAUCGCCCCUGCCGAGGUCCUGCAGUGAACACCGGGGAUAUUUUUCUACUGAUCUGUUUGCUUGCUCUGAAUCUCUAAGAAAUGACAUUGGGCUUGAAUUAAAGGCUCCGUUGUCAAAUUUCGAGAAGAGCAAAAAGAUUUCUCUUCUUCAUUCAAGCAAGGAAAAGCUGAGAAGAGAACGGAUCAAGUACUGCUGUGAGCAGCUGCGCACCCUGCUGCCGUAUAUAAAGGGGAGAAAGAGUGACGCGGCUUCCAUCCUCGAGGCAACGGUCGAUUAUGUGAAGUUUGUCCGGGAGAAAAUCCCUUCAGCCGUUAUGGGCCAGAUUACAGAGGCACUUCAGAGCAAUAGGAGGUUUUGUAAGAAACAACAGAUGCCCAUCCAGCUGUCCGUCCCGGGCACGAUCAUGGCACAAAGGGAAAACAGCGUGUUGACAAGCACUUACUCACCUGUGAGAGGCAUCAGAUUCCUGUCUAAUAAGUGCUUGAAUGUGUACUCUGUUCCUGCCUCUGGGGGCUCCUCGGAUGAGGCUGUGAGAGGCCAGUCCAGCUCCACUUCAGAGGAUGCUGUUGCUGAUACGUAUAAAACGCGAAUUCCCAGCGCAGCGCUCUCUCUCAAUUCCUUCCAUGCUGUCAGAUACUACUCUGCACUCAUCCCUUCCUGUGACGCAGCUGCUGUAACAAAUCAGAACAUUUCGGUUCAUUUUCCAACAGCGGUGCCCAAAGUCUCAAAGUUUCUUCCUCAGCACUGCAAUUCUGUGUUGGGCCAGACGUGCACAGCACAUCCCAACUGUCUGGCUGCAGGACUGGUCUCCAGAUCCCCAGAAUCGGUGAAUCUGAAUGUGGCUCUGCUGGUGUGACCUCAAGUGACCAGACAGAACCUACUGUCCUCUAGAUCCUCUCCCCCCACCCCCACCCGCUUUUACGAUGCCACAUCCCAUUUCACCAGCCUCACCCUCCACUGGACCCACGGCUGGCUGCUGGUCACUCACUGCAUGAAAACCUGUUCUUCCAACGCCAAUCAGGUCGAUUUCAGAUCCCAGAUGUCCUCAUACCACAGAUAGCUAUUGAGCACCCAGCAUGUCGUAGCAUCGUGCCAACCACUGAGAUUGUCGUGUCUGUAGAUAGACAGGGUCCCUGCCCUUGUGAAGCUUGAGUCUCGUAGGGCAGCAGGCGUAGAAGGAGACGGUUGUGAUGUGCCCUGGAGCACGCAGGAGGAGCGCCCAGGGUGUGUAAGACAAUACGAUGUGGGCGAGAUCCGGGACGGUUUGCCCCUGGAAGAAGCAGUGUCUCAGCUGAGAUCCGAGGAGUAGGAACUAGCCCGGGAGAGUGGUUAGGAGUUGGGAGUGAGGGAGGGAAACACAUUCCAGGCAGGUGGAUCAGCGUAUACAAACAGUGGUAUCUUCAUUUUGUGAAAGAAUCGUCCAGUUCUAGAGGAAGACCCGAACCAGACUGGCCUGCUUGAAGUGGACUCUGGUAGCUUUAAUAUAACUAUUGAUACUUUUGUGUAUUCAUAUUAUUAACAUGUUUUGAGCACUCAAUAAGUAAUGUGCCGAACACCCUAUGUACUUACUGUGGGUGAUCUAAUGAAUCUUUGACACAACCCUUUGAGGUAGGUACUGUUGUUUCCAUAUAACAUCUAUAAAAUGAGAAUAAUAGUGACUUUCCCAAAAAGCGUGGAUGAGAAAAAUAUUCUGUAGAGAAUUAGAAAUUUUAAAACAUAAAGUAUCCACAGAUAUAAUACUGUUGCUAAUGAUCACUAGUAUAUGCCAGCAGGAAAACCAGGAUACAUGAAAAAAAAAUGAUUGCAGCAUUAUUUUUUUUAUUGUGACCUACAGUUGCUAUGUGUAGUUUUUGUUGGAGAAUUGUUGUAAGAAUAUAAUUACUUUUAAUAGCAAUAAAAAUAUGUAUUUUACAAUCUGUAGGUGUAUUCACCUGAAGAUCUCACUGUUUUGACAAAUCAUCUCCUGUUGCUUUAGGACAUAGAAAAUAUAUUUGUGACAUUAUGGGUAAGAACCGGACAGGAUUCAAUUAAUG